AAUGUGGGCCUGUUGGUGUGACAGACAAAAAUGUCAUUACAGAUGCCAGACUUACAGCGACCAGUGUUUACAGUAGUUCUUUCAAUCCAUACUAUGGCCGACUGCACGAAACCAGGGGAGCAGGAGGGUGGUGUCCUCGUAGAUCAACUGAUAGAACAGACUAUCUUCAAGUUGAUAUGGGCUUAGUGCGUUCUGUUUGUGCUGUGGCCACACAAGGAGAAUUGGUGAGAGAUGAAUGGACCACUAGCUACAGACUACAAUUAUCUACAAACAAUAUAACUUGGAACACUUACAACGAAACGAAUAUUGAAAAGGUGUUCACAGGAAACUCAGAUCGGACCAGUAUCGUGAAGCAUUCACUCAGAACUGACUUCAAAGCCAGAUACGUUCGGUUUUAUCCUGUAACAUAUUAUCGUUGGCCAUGUUUGAGGGUUGAGAUAUUUGUGCUUAAGUAAUACGGUAAAGAGUUCGUAUGUGUGUAGUUGUGCAUCAACAUAAAAACAGAAGGAGAAAAAGUAUACAAACAGUCUUAAAGUAGGAAAACAAACAUUUGCAGGUAAACCAAUAAAAUUAUUCAGUUAACAAACUAAUCAUUCCCAGGGGCGGAUCCAGGAUGUUUCGAAGGAGUGGGUGCACCACAAAGGAAUCACCUAACUGACGUGUCCUCUAACGAACAGAGGGUCUGAUAGUUCACACAGUUUUGUUUUUCAUAUUAUUAUUUUGCACAAUACUAUUUAUAUAGGAAAGCCGCUGGUUAUCUUAUCCUGUAACAUACCAUAAUUGGCCAUGUUUGAGAUUUGAAAUAUUUGAGCUUAAGUAAUACGUUAAAGGGUUCGUAUAAGUGUAGACAUUCAUUAACACAAAAAUAGGAGAAAAACUGACGAACCUCUCCUCUGACCAACAUAAGGGCUGACGCUCGAAAAGUCAACGCCAACCUAUCAUUUUGACCGCAUUUAACAUAAAUUCUCUAACCUCGUGUUCUAUUUCAAUGCCAAUAAUUCACACAGUUUUGUUUUUUCAUUUUAUCAUCAUUAUUUGUUUUUCUUAUUUUGUACAAUACUAGUUAUUUAAUAAAGUUGCCGGUCAUCUUAGGGGAAGAUGGGUGUGCACCCCUGCACCUUCCCUUAGAUCCGCCCCUGGCUACAUUCAUUUCGUUACAGUAAAAUAAAACAGUUAUUCAGAAUAAAGGUAAAAUAGAAAAUGUAUUCCAGAUCUCCACUGAAAGAUAUGUGAGCUCACUGUUGCUUCUUCAUUAAGCGUUAUGAUUAGCUGCUAUCGGUGUUAGUUUUCUUUUCUAAAAAGUUAAUGCUUUGUGAAAAUAAAAUUUAGAGAUACUGUAAAAUCGAGAUUCCUGAGGCAUGGAUACCUGCAACUUAAAAACAGAGUGCUCAUCCAAAAACAAAGCAGAUCUGUAGGAGAACAACAUCAACCCGUCAAACAUGCGUGAACCAAUAGGAGUAUGCUAAAACAAACCAAAGCAGCUCCCUAUGCCACAUUAAUUGCCAUGGGUGACUAUUCAACAUCACUACAUAGUGAAGAAAAGUAGUAAAGCUGUCGCACGAACGCGAUUUACAGAUGAUAGUUUGACUCCUAAAAUGAUAGAUUCGCUUUUUAAGGAGAAAAAAAGUUUUCAUGUCCAUUUAGUACCUAGGAUCUGUUUUUCAAGCACUCGCUGCUAUUAAUAGCUGAAUCCACCAAAAUGAUCUUUAAACCUCUUUGGUAUUUGAUUCAUGAAAUGAAAGAUUAAUUAAUCGCAUCAGACAAUUUAUUUGAACUGUUACACAGACACCGGUGUGUUAUCUAGUAAAGAAGGAAUUAAAGUUGCAAUAAACAACAGUAAUUCAACUUC